UUUGAUUUUAAUGUCUGUCAUAACAAGGUAUGUUGUAAUUGGCAGACAUUUUGUUUUACUUAUUUCGGUCCAACAAAAUGGCCGACGAUAUUCGACAUCUUGAUCUGCAACUUUGUUUCCAAUUUUUAUUUAUAGUCAGUUUUUGAACAAUGGAUGUCUACAUUCUUUGCGAGGUUAUAAAGGUCAUGCUUUAUUACAUAAUCAUAUAAGAUACCUGAAGUUUUUUAAGUACAGCUAAUAUUUAACGACAGUUAGCAAAAUCACGAAAGUCGCAAAAAGUAUAAUGGCAGAAGUUCGUGUGCUCGCGAGAGCUCGGUAAAAAACGUGGCAACACCGCGAGCGAAUGCUCGUUCUUCCCCCACUGCUGUUGGAUUCAAGCGCAGAGUAUUCUUCCGCCAGCUCGGUGAUCGUUCGGCUCGGGAGCCGAACAUACCCGAAUGCUCUAAGAAUGCUCGCUCGGCUUAUGCAAACGUCGAAAGAAGAGCCGUAGUUACGGUUUAACGUUCGUCAGCCGUUUAUCUUUGUUUCGUCGGAAUUAUGGAGUGGGACAAUGCCAUGUGCCUGCAGUUGAUCGAGUUUUACCGGGAACACGAGUGCCUGUGGGACCCCGGGAACGGCAGCUACAAGAGCAACAACAAGAAAGACGAGGCCUGGAGGGAGAUCGGGAAAAAGAUGAAUUGCGAAGUAAGGGAAGUGCGGAAGAAAAUGGAUUCGAUCCUCGCGUCUUAUCGACGGGAACGGCAGAAGAGCCUGUUCUCGAAGAGCGGGAGAUACGGCCCGUACAAAUCGAAGUGGUUCGCGUACAAGAACAUGCAGUUUUUGCUGGACAAAUAUAGGCCGAGGUCGACGAUCAAGGCCACCAUGUCGAACACGAUAGAAGUGAGCGAUUCGAGGAAGACGGACGACACCAACGAUACCGAUGCCGAGAACUCGGAGGGAAACGAGCAAGAAACAUUUUCGCGUCGGGAGGAAUUCAAACCUCCCCUCCAGCGGAAGCAAUGCAAACGGAAAUACGAGUCUCGCCGAGUUCAGGACCCCUACAAGAGAAGAAUAGUCGAGAAUGUCAGGGACGAGAGCACGGUCUUCGGGGAGCAUGUGGCGAUGAAGCACAGAAAGUACAGCUCGUACGCGAAGAGCACCGUGGAGCAUUUGAUCGCCAAUAUAUUGUACGAGGCCGACAUGGGCAAGUACGACGAUCCCCUCUCGAUACCGACGCCAUCUUUGCAGUCCAAAUCACCCCCGUCGUCAUCGCCAACGAUACACUAUCCUCAAUCACCGUCGACGUCCGCGUCGAACAUCAAACCGAUUCUCCUAACGCAGUCACCUCAAGUUCAAACCACCUCCAAAGCGCAUAUAGCUCAAUCUUCGAACGACGACUCGUUGACGCUUCUCAUAAACAAUUUCUCAGAAGACGACUCGAAAAAUUAGGGUUUCGGAUGAUUAGGAAAAUUCUUUGUGUGGAAAGGUAGCGGGCUACCUUACCCACCGCGCAGGCAGUACCUACUUCUGUGAUUCCCCUUAGGGUGCGUUUCGAACGAGCUAUUCAUCGUCGGAAACUCGAGGGUAGAAAAGAAUAAUGAAUUUCGCUGAAGUGGAAGAGCAAUCUGUUUAGUGCGAAUGCACCCUAAGGCAGGCGCUUAAGUAAAUCGUAACGAUGUACAGGUGAAAAAGAGUCUGUUAUAGAAAUACACUUAUAAAUUCUGUAAAUAUACUGAAUAAAUGUAUAUGUAAUUUAUAAGUACGGAUAUAAAAUUUGUAAGUGUAGAUAUGUGUGUAGAUAUAAAAUUUAAGGA